UACGGAUCACAUGAGAAGCAACCGAAACCCUACACCACUCGUUCUCUUCUCCUCGCCGGAGACUUGGCCAUCCAUGGCGUUCUCUUGCUCCUCCCUCCCCAUCUUCCACCCUCUUCAUCUCAAUGGCACCUCUAGGUUCAUCACUCCCCAAACCGGUUUUAAACGGCGAUGGCACUUGACAUACAAAGCUGGAGUGCAAUGUUCUCUUGGUGUCAACCCUUCUGCUCUUUCAGCAACACCUAACCCCGGGAAAAUUUUAGACUUCGAAUCAGUGCAAACCCUCACAACAACUUAUUUGCCGAAGUUCUCUCUCGAUGCUGCUUCUGAUUUCACUCAAAGACUAGUACUAGCAGACCUGGACCCUGCAACAGCAAAAGUGGCAAUUGGUAUUACCGGCCCUUUCUUAUCGGCAUUUGGAUUCCUAUUCAUUCUCAGAAUAGUUAUGUCAUGGUACCCGAAGCUGCCUGUUGGAAAAUUCCCGUAUGUUUUGGCGUAUGCACCCACAGAACCAUUUCUCAGAAUCACAAGGAAAUUGAUACCUCCCCUCGGUGGUGUCGAUGUUACUCCUGUGGUUUGGUUUGGCCUUGUGAGUUUUCUGAAUGAGAUUUUGGUCGGUCCACAGGGAUUGUUAGUUCUGCUAUCACAACAAGCCUAGCAAAUGAACAUAUGUAAAACAUUGCUGCUCAUUGAUAUAUAAAAGUGAGUUUGUUUUUGUAA